UACUUCCUAGUUACGGUUGCUACGGUAGCUUGUUGCUGCUGCUGCUGCUGUUCUCGCGACCACACGCGGGCAAGCUUAUAGUAGAAAACGUUAUCGGCGGAUUUACUUUAUUAUAUAUUUUUUAAAAUUUAAAUAAUGUCUUUUAUUUCUCACAGUCGGAAAGACACGAGCGGAACGUACACUUUCUCCAGCCGUCCCAGGCCCGUUGAGAACCGCUCCAAAUACAGAGAACAGCCGACCGACAAGACUGACAAGGCACACAGUACUUAUGGAAACAUCAUGUAUGAUCGCCGUGUCAUCAGGGGAAACACUUACGCCCAACGCUUUCUAUCAACUGAAGAACUUGCUGAAAUACAAAGACAGCAAGAGAUAAGGAGGAGAGCUGUGACUCGUAAAAAGAAGACCAAGGAUCAGCGAAGAUCUUCCACUCCGGAGGCCGUCCAAGGCAGAAAACACAACGUUGUCCAAACGGAGCUUUAUCUGGAGGAGCUGAGCUACAACAUAGAGGUUUCACACAUCGAGUGCCAGACUGAUCCUCUCCUGGACAGACCAGCAACACCGCUUUUUAUACCUGCCAAAUCUGGCAAAGAUGUUGCAACACAAAUAGAGGAGGGGGAGUUGUUUGACUUUGACAGAGAGGUGCAACCCUUGCUGGAGGUCUUGGUGGGGAAGACCAUUGAGCAGUCUCUGCUGGAGGUGAUGGAGGAGGAGGAGCUGGCCUGUCUGAGAGCCCAGCAGAGGGCCUUUCAGGAGCUUCGCAACGCCGAACUGGCUGAGGUGCAGCGGCUACAGGAGCGGGAGUGGCGCCGCAGGGAGGAAAAGGAGCGCCGUAUUGCCCAGCAGAGAGAGGCACUGAGGAUGGAAAAAGAGACUGUGGAGAAGAUUGCAGCGCUGUCCUACACCCAGCAGUACCUGUCUGACCAUGUACCAACAGUCUUUAAGUCCCUCAGGAUCCACGGCUUCUUCUAUGACCCCGUUGAGAAAGAUAUUGAGACAAACUUCUUUCCAUGGCUGAUGGUUGAGGUGAACAACAAAUUAGAAAAGAGAAAUGCAGCAAGGCAGCUUUUAGACACACUCAUCCAUGAUGUGGCCCAGAAAAAAAUGCCACUCUAUACACACUUGGAGUCACGGCCAAAGGAGGAGUAGAGGCUCGUAUUCUUAAAAACAACAGACUAAACACUUGUACAUGCAUUUCUUUGUGUCACAGUUGCAAAGACUCUUUGUUCUCAUCAUUGACCUCAUGUUUGCGAUUAGGAGCAGUAAACAGACACUUUGUCUCAGGCAUGCAGUGUU